AUGCUUUGCUUUAAACGUCUUUGCUUCAUCGCUCUUCUCCGCCUAGGGGCCGUUGCUAGUGAAUCACUAGACAAUCCCACCGGUUGGGGUCUGUUCGCUUCCGAUGCUCGCGACCGGUUUGGAGAUACAAUUGGAGGCAUCGGCAGUGCAAUAGCCCUCGAGGGCAAAUCGUGGAAGAGGAAGAAGGACAAGGGAGAAGCUUAUGAAGGCAUUCUCUACGGUCUACCAGACCGGGGCUGGAACACUCAGGGCACUCAAAAUACGCAAUCCCGCAUACACAAGUUCAGGAUAAGCCUUGAAAUUGUCGAGUCGUCUCUGGCAAAUCCAGCCAAGGCCAACGUCCAACUGAAAUGUCUAGAUACAAUCCUCCUCACUGGCCCUGAUGGAACCCCAAUGACUGGACUGGAUGCGGACGUGACAGGGUACUUUUCCUACAAAGGGUUUCCAGAUCUGCCCGUCGCCACCUUCACCGGAGAUGGGUUCGGCAACGAUGGACCUGGUGGCAGCCGAAUCUCGCUUGAUGCUGAAGGUCUCGUGCUGGGCAAGGAUGGCACGUUCUGGAUCAGUGACGAAUAUGGACCAUAUAUAUAUCAGUUUGAUCGUCGUGGUAAAAUGAUCAAGGCUAUCAAACCCCCCGAUGCCUUGCUACCUCUCAGGAAUAGUUCCGUCAGCUUCAAUGCCGCGUCUCCGCCCAUAUACAACCCGGGUAUCAAAACGGUCCCGGAGGCGCCCGAAACGGGCCGCGCCAACAAUCAAGGCCUGGAAGCCCUCACCAGUAGCCCAGGCGGCGAGUUCCUCUAUGCUUUGCUCCAGAGUGCUGCCAUGCAGGACGGCGGCGACAAGUCUUCCACCCGUCGCAAUACCCGUUUGCUCAGGUACCGGACCUCAGCCAAAAAGAUCGAAUACGAUGCCGAGUAUGUCGUGCAACUCCCGCUUACGCCUAGCGGCAAGGUUGCGGGGCAGUCAGAGAUCCAUUUCAUAAGCCAAUCCCAACUCCUCGUCCUUGCCAGAGAUAGUGGUGCAGGUCAUGGUCAAAAGGAAUCGGAGUCGAAGUACCGCAAUGCCGACAUCAUCGAUAUUUCAGGCGCCACGAACAUCAAGGGCAAGGAAUAUGACUCGUUUGACGGUGCCGUUGCCAGUCGGAAUGGCGAGCUGAAGCCUGAGAUCAAACCAGAUUGUACUGCCCGUGGAUCUCCCCAGGACGCCGGAUUGCUCAACGAGAAAUGGGAAAGUUUUGCGCUAGCUCCUGUGGCUGAGGAGUUCCAAACGAAAGGAGAGGGGAGACAGUAUUACCUAAUUUCCUUCUCGGACAAUGAUUUCAUCACACAGAACGGUCUGUCCAUCUCCUCCUUCUGGCGCUGCGCUCUCGCUAACAAGACUGGUGCAGGCUACAUCAACAAUGGACAGCAGCGAUAUUCUGACGAGUCGGGUUUCAAUUCGGACACGCAAGUGUUGGUUUUCAAAGUCCGUCUGCCUCGCGACGCGGAUCCCCUGUUAUAA